GAGGGAAGAGGCGGGCGCUCUCUGAGGAUUUAAACUCGGCAGUCAAGCGUCGCUAUCCUAACCGGACAGGCCUUCUGGGCUUCCAGGCUGGUUCUGUGAACAGAGAAGUGAACUUCUUUGCCCAUUGGCGACCUAGAAUGCUUUCCCUAAGAAGAUGCUGGUCUCCACUGCUCCUCGUUGCGCUUGCUUUACUUGGCUCACGCCCUCCUCACCGGGCACGCCCCUUCCACCUCCUUAUUGGCUUCCUCGAGACACGUGCGGAAAGGGUGGUGGCGGAGCUGGGCUGGGGCCCGGACUCCGGAUGGACCCGAGCGGCCGAGCGGUCUCAAACUUGAGGUCGCAUGGACAGCCUGGCGCUGGGCCGGUGGCGACGGCGGAAGCUAGAGGAAGCGCCGGUUCCGAGGGACGCGAAACGGGCAUGCAGGACAUCAGAAGCCAAUGGACACGAGCGAGGCAGCCAUCAGGUGAACAUGAGUGUCCUGGGGUCUUGGAGCACAGAGGACAUGGAGUCUCUUCCAAGAGGCUGCCCCAAUGCAGCAGGGCCACCGGGCAGCCAGGGAAGGGCUGGCUCAGUGAUUCCUCAAAACGGUGGAAGGAACAUGAUUCAGCUUUGCCCAAGGUGUAUUGCUGGGGAAUCUGUCUUUUCAUUCUGCCUCCAGCAUGUUUUUCAAAUGUACCUCCUGGACCAUGGAAAGGGCAGGAGAUGUCUCGGGACAUUUUAACCAUACUGAGAAUCGUUAGAAGAUGGAAAUGGGCAAAGGUAAAGAUUCCAGUUUGAUUUUGAAUCCUCAGCGUGACUGCAAAUGUAAAUCCUUUACAGAUGGUUUUGGUACCCACCUGUUCAAAUAGCAGCCUGGUGCUGUUUGCUGCGAGAUUGUCCUCUCAUUCUGGUGAUACACCAUCCUCUGCAUGAGAACCAGGAGAGUCCAUGUCACUUUCGAAGGGCCCCUAAGUUGUUAUGAUUCACUACGGCCUCCAUUCAGAUGUGUCUUGCCUAAGAGAGAGACCAGCUGCAUUAUUUGAAAGUUAAAAAAAAUUCGUAUCAAACUUUCUAUGAGGUUUGGGAACCCUGUGGCUUAUGGAAUCAUAUCCAGAUGUUGCCCUGCUUUUCUAUUUUCAUAAUGCUUUAUGGGUGUAUCCAGGACUGCUCAUGUACUCUUUUUAAUUAAAAGAGUUAUUUUUAUAUUAUAAAAUGUUCUUAAAGUGAAUUUUAUUAAACAUUAGUAUCCAAUCUGUUCUGUGUCAUUCUCCAACUGAAGUUACCAAGGACAGGACCCCUUUUAUAUUAAAUGGAAAUUGCUCAUUUUCUCUUGGGUUUUCAGUGUUUUGUGUAACUGUGGAAACUGGUGUUAUUUUUCCUUGCAUUUGAAAACUUCCCAAGAUCUCAUGUUUUAUAAUAGACAAAGUUCUAAAGAAAUCAUGGUGCCAUUGAAUUGAUCUCAAGUUCUAGAGGAGGACCCGAGUCUCCUCUGUACGCUGUUUACAUCAUGUUACUCAUAGGGGCCAUGUUCCCUGCUGUGGAUGUCUUCAGUACUGACAUUUGGAAAAGCCACAAGAUCCAUAAAUGAUCAUGGUACAGAGAUGUGGGGUAGCUCCAUACUGGGAAGAUGGGCAGAUAAAGACAUGAUGUUGGAAGGAAACUAACAUAAUACUCCUGUGACGGGAUUAACCAGAAUCACUGUACACUACUAUUAACCCCAAAUGAGAUUCCAGCUCUGUGACUAGCAUAGAGAGUGCUAACCCAUGCUCAAAAAAUCAAGCUUCAAAAGUGAGAAAGUAUUGGGAUAUAUAACCUUAAGAAAGCUGUAGUUUUCUUUUCAAAAUGAGAUAUACACCUUAUUUGUUAAGCGAAAAAACCUUUUUUGUGUAUAAAUCCUUUCCUCAAUUUUGUGAAUAGAGGUGAUGUCCAUGUAUGUAUGGCUGGGUAUUUUGGUAAUCUCAGCAGCACACAAAUCAUCCAGAGGGCAUUGAGCAAUCCCCUGGGCACAAUCUUAGCCCAUGGAAAAUGCCCCACAUUUGAAUCAAGCAGACUGAGGUUCAUUGUUGUUACCACCAGACGUCUCACACCAGACGUGACACUGGUGACUCAGCUAUCUUCUUUGAGCCUCCUCAAAGAGGAGGAACUGUCACCAGCGUUGGUGAUGAGCACACCCACAGGAGUGUUGAUCCUCAGUGGUAGCCUCUUUUCCUCACUGCACCUUCCCUCCAGAUCUAGAGCAGGCCGCCUAUCCUGGAAAGGCAGAAGGUCACAAAAGAUGACUACAGAGUAAGCAUGACCAAAAGGCCAAGUUGAAGCUAGCCAGGAUUUGAGGACUAAGAGUUUUACCACAAAUGCCCAGAGUUCUUAGAUUAUUGAGAGAAUACUGAAUGGAGAAAGCUUGUCACAGCCACUUCAAAGACAUGGCAUCAGCAUUUUCUCAGAGUUUUUAGUCAUAAA